CAACCACAUUCUGAAUUUGUGUCUCUCAAUCAAUGAUGAGGGUAUCAGAACCAGUAUUGGACAUGGACAUGGGCAAUUAUAGUGAAGUGUUGGACCCAACUUAUACAACUCUGGAGUUUGAAACGAUGCAGAUUCUCUAUAAUUCCAACGAUAGUUCUGCCCCAGAGACAACAAGUAUGAACACUACAGACAAUGGCGUCAACUGUCUAUGUGCGAUCUGUGGGGACAGAGCGACGGGCAAACACUACGGGGCGUCAAGCUGCGAUGGGUGCAAAGGCUUCUUCAGACGCAGCAUACGCAAGAGCCACGUUUACUCCUGCAGGUUCAGUCGGCAAUGUGUUGUUGACAAGGACAAGAGGAAUCAGUGUAGAUAUUGUAGAUUAAGAAAGUGUUUCAGAGCAGGAAUGAAAAAAGAAGCUGUACAAAAUGAACGUGACAGAAUAAGCACCAGGAGAAACACAUAUGAUGGAAGCAACAUCCCCUCCAUUAACACCUUGGCACAAGCUGAAAUUCGGUCUCGCCAGAUCUCAGCUUCAAGCCCUGGGGCAAGCACUGACAUAAAUGUCAAGAAAAUUGCAAGUGUCGGUGAUGUCUGUGAAUCAAUGAAGCAGCAGCUUUUGGUCUUGGUGGAGUGGGCUAAAUACAUUCCUGCUUUCUGUGAGCUGCCACUGGAUGACCAGGUGGCCCUGUUGCGAGCUCAUGCAGGGGAGCACUUACUGCUUGGAGCUACAAAGAGAUCCAUGAUGUUUAAAGAUAUUUUAGUUUUAGGGAACAACUACGUCAUUCACCGUAACAGCUGUGAGGUUGAGAUCAGCCGUGUGGCCAAUCGAGUUCUGGAUGAGCUAGUUCGUCCCUUUCAAGAAAUCCAGAUUGAUGACAAUGAAUAUGCUUGUUUGAAGGCAAUUGUAUUUUUUGACCCAGAUGCGAAAGGCUUAAGUGACCCUGUAAAAAUUAAGAACAUGCGGUUCCAAGUACAGAUCAGUCUGGAGGACUACAUCAACGACCGCCAGUAUGACUCUCGGGGGAGGUUUGGAGAGCUGCUGCUUCUCUUGCCCACGCUGCAGAGUAUCACCUGGCAAAUGAUUGAGCAAAUACAGUUUGUGAAACUUUUUGGCAUGGUUAAAAUUGACAACCUGCUUCAGGAAAUGUUACUAGGUGGUGCUUCCAAUGAUGGCAGCCAUAUCCAUCAUCCAAUGCACCCACAUUUGUCUCAAGAUCCACUAACGGGACAAACUAUACUUUUAGGCCCUAUGUCAACUCUAGUCCAUACAGACCAGAUCUCUACUCCUGAAACCCCACUCCCUUCCCCACCACAAGGCUCUGGACAAGAACCAUAUAAAAUCACUGCCAACCAAGCUUCCGUCAUUUCACACCAGUCCCUCUCCAAACAAAAGCCAUUAUGAGAACAUAGUUACUCCUGAAUGGCACUGUGGAAAUGUGAAAAGUUGGUGGUUUUGAAAUAUCUCAGGAUAGUACUUUUGGCAACCUCAGACAAUGCUUCUUCUUCAUGGUGCUGUGAUAAGUUGGUCUCCUAUUUUCUUGUUUGUAUAUUUGUUUUGUUUGUUUGGUAAGGUAUAAGAUUAUCACCUGCAACCAAUAUAUGUUUGAGUUUGGAAUUGUUUAUAGAGUGUCUUGUUUCCAGCUGCCUCUGCCCUGGGCCUGGACCUGGGCCAGUUGAAUGCUAUGUACUACUUUCAUUUGUUUCCCUAAUAUUAAUUUAAAUCUGUAAAUAAUUACUUUAUUGUGAUGUGAUGUAGAGCUAAAUGUUCCUGUUUGGCUGAGAACAGUAAAUCAGAGUUGCUAGGUUAAUGUGAAAUGUUUGUUUUUCUUUCUUUUUUUCUUUCUUGUUGUUUUUGUUCUUGUAGUAAAUUAUAAACUUAAAGAUUAGGAAAAGAAAGCCGUGGUUGUAGAAUAGAGUGUACAUCUGUGAAGAUGAAUCCCUUUGAGGGUGUUCUGUGGCUAAGAAGUAUCCCUUUGGUCCACAGUUAAAUAUGACUCUCAUAAAUUCAGGAAAUUACAAAAAGCCAUUCUAAGAAUACCAAGGUCUUUUUGGAAUCCAUUUUUGAAGAUGUGGCUGCAAUAAAUCACAAAUGGUCUUAUCAAUUAGAGUAAAAUGUAAUUAAACCUUAAAUGCAGGGUAAAAUGUGAUUUAAAAAAAAAACCCUGAAGCAGUGGCUGAACAGAGAGACAUUUGUUUCUCUCUCUUGAAAUGAUCAUUGAAAGUCAAUGUCAACAAGAAAUUAGCCCAUUCUCAUGUCUAGCUCCCCAGGGAUUCAGGACAGUAUGUUUCGAUGUGAGCCCUGUGCCAGGAGAACCCGGUUGGUGGGAAAAUGUCAUCACACAAAUUGUUGAGUCUGCACCACUCUCUAAGUGAAGUAUUACUGUCUUUCUUUCCUAUGUUAGGAAUUGGCUUGAGGGUUUAAGGAAUAUACAGUGCAGAAGCCUGUGGAGUUAGAAAGCCACAUGCAAACUGAGCUGUGA